AUGAGGGGAGAUGUCAUCCAAGGACCCAGAAGAACUUGGCGCGUCAAGGCCUCCUUCAAGUGCACCACCAGAAACGUCGUAUAUGCUAUACGAUGCUCUCGCUGCUCUAAGCUUUAUAUUGGAGAGACCAAACGACGUCUAGCGGACAGAGUAACAGAGCACUUGCGUUCGAUCCGACUUAACACACCUGGCCUUCCAGUUGCAACGCAUUUCAACCAACCUGGACAUUUCAUCAACGAUCUACAGGUGAUUUACGUAGCCAGAAACCCGAAGGAUACGGCUGUCUCCUACUACCAUUUCUGUCGUUAUAUUCCGAUACUUCCGACGUAUGAAUCAUGGGAUGUUUUCUUUGAGGAGUUUCUUGCCAAUAGGGCUCCUCAAGGAUCCUGGUUUGAAAACGUGUUACCAUGGUGGAGGAAGAGAAAUCAUCCUAAUGUUCUCUUUCUCAAGUACGAAGAUAUGAAGAAGGAUCUUACUGGAGCCGUACGACAGAUAGCCGAAUUCAUGGGGAAGUCCCCCUCUGAUGACGUCAUCGCUAAAAUCGCAGAAGCUUCGACGUUCAAGGCAAUGAAGAACAACCCUGCAUCAAAUCCCGAUACUCUGAUAAUGGCGGAUAUAGAGCAGGCUGGAAUGGAAAAACCAAAAGACAAAUCAUUCAUGAGGAAAGGUGUGGUAGGAGACUGGAAGAAUUAUUUCACUGAUGACCAAAAUAAACGAUUUGACGAACUAUAUGAGAAGGAAAUGGCGGGAUCUGGACUUGAAUUCGAAUUUUAGGAUUGCUCUUAGGAAAAAAUUUCAAUCAGUUCCAUAUUCAACAUCGAUGAUAGAGCAUAUCGAAGUAUCAUUGUGAUUUUUUAUUGAAUAAAAAUAGCUGCAUGUUGAUAGGCAUUAUGUAUUUUCCAUAACAGUAUUUAUAAAUUUUUCCCCUUCAAAUUACACACACACACACACACAUAUAUAUAUAUAUAUACAUUGUGAAAGAAAUUAAUAUAGAGAAUAAUGGUAGGCAUAGCUCGAUCAUUUUCACAACAUAUUUGAAUAAAAAUAGUUCCGAAAGCUUAUGUGCGUGCAUAAUGUCUCACAUGUUAUGAUAAUAUCAUGUGUAUAUUAUAUACCGGUAUAUAUCGGUUUUGUGAAUUUGAUUUCUGAUAUAACAGCUGUAGGUCAGCAUAAGAUUUCUUUCACUUUUUUUUUCAUUUUGCCGUCCUGCAAAAACCAUAAAUGUUUGCAUUCUUUCAAAUAAGAAAUGUACUCUGUGAACUGUGAAUACUAUUUUUUCGAGAUAAUAAUGCAUGAAGACAGUAAUAUCGGAUUAAAAAAAGUAGCUUGACAAGUGUGUAAUUUUAAUCGUGCAGAAAAAUCUUGUAUUUUUAUAUUGGUAAUUUUUUUUUUUAUGUCAUGAUUCAUGCCCUUCUGUGUAUUAUUUUCUUAAAGGACAAGUCCACCCCAACAAAAAGUUUAUUUGAAUAAAAAGAGAAAAAUCCAACAAACAAAACACUGAAAAUUUCAUCAAAAUCGGAUUUAAAAUAAGAAAUUUAUAAUAUUUUUAAGUUUCGCUUAAUUUCACAAAACAGUUAUAUGCACAUCCUGGUCGGUAUGCAAAUGAGAAGACUGAUGACAUCAUCCAUUCAUUAUUUCUUUUGUAUUUAUUAUAUGAAAUAUGAAAUAUUCUAAUGUUCUCCUCAUAGUCAAGUGAAACAACAAUAAUUUCUCCAUGAACAUAUGGAAUUAGCAUUGUUUAAUACUAUAUGGUUCAGUCAAGUUGGUCCAUAUUGUCAAAUUGGUAAAAAAUGAAAUAUUUUAUAAUUCAAACAAUAAAAAACAAAAGAAAUAGUGAGUGAAGGACAUCAUCGACUGUCUCAUUUGCAUGUCAUUGAGUUGUGCAUAUCACUGUUUAUAUGAAAAAUAAGCGAAACUUUGAAAUGUCAUAACUUUCUUAUUUUACAUCCGAUUUUGAUGAAAUUCUAAGCAUUCCGCUAGUGUGAUUUUUCUCUAUUUAUUCAAAUCAGCAUUUUUCUGGGAAGGACUUGACCUUUAAUGAGACAUGUUCAAGAGGUAUGUACACAAUUUCAAAAUGCUCCGCUACCAAUGUCAAUAGAUCAAUAUGAUUCGGCAUACGGCUUUGCGCUCGCAUUAUUCAUUUAAUGAGAUAGCCAUUAAACAUGUUAAAAUGUCAACUUAGCAGAUGAAUAUAUAUUUUAGCUCACGCUUCACGCUUGCUUUAUUUUUUUUACGAGAUAUGCCACAGGACAAUGCCUAAAAAGUGCACCCUUCUUGGGUCAAAAGCUCAAAUCUAGUGAGAUUCGUAUCAUGUUCAUGAAUUUCCAGUCAUUCCGUAUCACUUUCAAAUUCCUGCGUUUCAAUACCUACAACAAAGUACACAAAAAGCUGGUUAUGUCGUCUAAACAAGCCUUGGAAUACCCGAUAACUGGAUGUUUUUUUGAGGAACUCAGCUCUCCCACUCUUGAUAAACUGUUCUGGAAGACAGCAUGCUGUCUAAUUAUGCAUUAACAAAGAAUCUGUGAAAUUGUGUACGAUCGAUUUAUUUUCAUUGUUGAAUACUAAAUACGAAAAAAUCAAAUAAUGGAAAGAUGAUGUUGCGCUUACCUUAAUGAAAAAUACCUGAAUUUUAAAAGAAAUCCAAGUAGUCAAGUUUGGAAUAAGAUCUCCCCCUGUCAAAUCAAACAGGCUGGGAGCCAAGCUGUUUCCAAGAGAGCCGUAAGACGUUUUCUCAUUUGAUUACUAAGCUUCACACAUUAGAUUAUAUAAUCAUACAAUGCAAUCGUGUUUUGUUUUGUUUUUACUUUAAAAUUACUUUUUUGUACUUGUAUGUAAUAUAUAUAGAAUUCUA